AUGGCAGAGGGGCUGAAGAAAUGGGAGAUCGCACAGCAAGUACCCCCGCCAGCGAUCAUCAACUUUGCCGCCAAGCACAGCUCACUUACAGCGGAGCCGACUUUACACGCACAUCCUGCAGCGCGGCGGCAUCGAAGAGGGAACACAGAAGACACCCAGCAACAAGCCACAAAGAGCGAUGUCCAACUACCUCUCAGGGUGCACACCAUGCUCCAGAGGCACAGAUGUGGCAGGCUUACCUUGACAGGGCUGCAGCCCAAGGGAUUCGAUAGCUACACCACAAGGCAACACCACGAGCAACAGCAGCCCCAACGAGGCAUCGGGUGA